UAGGGCAAGUGACUCCCUUAGCUGGUUUUUCUCCUCCCCCUCCUUGUGCUUUUUUUUUUCUUCCCCUGUCUCUCUGGUCCUCUGUGAGGGCGGCAGGGGCCGCUGUGUGGAGGUAGGCUGAGCAACUCCCUUAAAUCCAGUAGUGUGCGCUCCGCUGCGCUUCUCUCCGGCUUGCCUCGGUUCCCAAGACUAGCGCUGCCCCGGCGUCUUCUCUUCUGCGCCCUACUCCACUCCACCCAGCGCCGGCCACUACUGUCCCAAGGGGAUCAAUUGACAGAUUGAUAUUGUAGUUCUCCGGUGGAGGGGAGCCUGGUAGGAAGUUCCCUCGGUUCCGGGAUGGCAGGUUUCUCGCUCUAUGGAGUGCCCCCGCACGGCGCUUGCACCAGGCUUCCAACCGCGUGGAUCCCGGGAGAGGAGAGGCACUCGAACUCAUCCUGAGAUCCAGUGACUCCUGUGGGAAAUGGUCAUUAGUGAUCUUACAUCGAGGACUGUGCACCUUUAUGAUGAAUGGAUCAAAGAUGCCGAUCCCAGAGUGGGGGAUUGGCCACUCAUGUCCUCUCCUCUGCCACAAGCCCUUAUCCUUGGACUCUAUAUCUACUUUGUCACUUCCCUGGGGCCAAAGAUCAUGGAAAACCGCAAGCCCUUUGACCUCAAGAGAUUGAUGAUUACAUAUAAUUUUUUAAUAGUGCUCUUUUCUUUAUAUAUGUGUUAUGAGUUCAUAAUGUCUGGCUGGGGUGUAGGCUAUUCAUACCGGUGUGAUAUUGUUGACUAUUCCAGAUCUCCUAUAGCUCUAAGGAUGGCAUGGACCUGCUGGCUUUAUUACUUCUCCAAGUUCAUUGAGCUAUUAGACACUAUCUUUUUUGUUCUGCGUAAGAAAAAUAGCCAAGUUACUUUCCUGCAUGUCUUCCAUCACACCAUCAUGCCAUGGACCUGGUGGUUUGGAGUCAAAUUUGCUGCAGGUGGCUUGGGAACAUUCCAUGCCUUGUUGAACACAGCUGUUCAUGUAGUCAUGUACACCUACUAUGGAUUGUGUGCACUGGGACCAGCCUACCAGAAAUAUUUGUGGUGGAAAAAAUACUUGACAACACUACAGCUUGUUCAAUUUGUUAUCGUGACAGUCCAUAUAGGACAGUCCUUCCUUAUAAAGGAUUGCAAAUACCAGUUUCCAAUCUUCCAGUAUAUCAUCAUGUGCUAUGGGUGUAUCUUCCUGUUCUUGUUUGCCCACUUUUGGUAUCGUGCUUAUAUCAAGGGUCAAAGGCUGCCCAAAACUGUGAAAAACGGAGUCUGCAAAAGCAAGAAUAACUGAAAUCUCAUGUUGACACAGAUACUUCAGACUGCCAUACUAUACUCCUAGACAAUCAGGACAUAUUUAGAUGCACAGUACAUUUUGUAUGUUUUUCUUCAAAACCAAGAGCUUGUAUUUUUAUGAUAAGUUAUUUGGGUUUCUGAUAUUUGAGAGGGAGGGUAAUAUGCAGAUUAGAAACUAAUCGUGAAGGGGUUUUUUUUGACAUUUUCAAAUGCUAUACAGAAUCUAAAGGUCUGGCUUGAUAUCUUUCUUUACAAUGAUACAAGGCAGUAGAGGUAGAACACUCUUCAAAGAAGUCCAGCAUGCAUGAAAAAUAUCAAAUAUUUUGAGCACUGAGAAGAGUUUAAACCACUAGCUUAGAUAUUGUUGAAGGUGGGCUGACUUAGGAUGAUUACUGUUGGCUUCAUUAUAACACUUCAAUGAUCCUGGAGUUGAUUUUCCUGUUUAAAUAGAUAACAGUGGUGAAGAUUAAGCAACUUUUUUGGAAUUGUAUUAAAUAUAAUUUAGAGGUAAUUUGUAGUCAGUGGGUCUUUUGGGCAGUGGUUUUAGUUUCUACUGACAAAUGUUUCGCUGAUAGGCUAAUAAAAACAACCCAUUACAGUUAUUUUAUCCCUGAGUAGAGCUGAAUUUGCCAAGAAGAAAAAGUACUUAAAGUUCAGCUGUGAUCUUCACUUUGAGUAUUUUUAUUGGCUCUGUUAUGUUUUAGCAUGACUCAGCUGUAAGUUGUGAUCUUCUCACAAGUUGUGAUCUGUGGCUUAAAAGAAAUUACCUUUCAUUAUUGGGCUAAACAGACUUCAGGAUUCACAGCGAUUGUAGGGUGCCAGUUAUGCCCACUAUUCAGAUAUCUUUUGAAGCAAAUGAAUGCAAAUAAAAGGGUAGGUGUUUAAGAGUGAGUAUACCUGUUUAUAUAUUGGGUUGUUUUUUUUUAAUAAAGGUGAUCAGAGGAAAGUGAUUAUGGAAUCAUCCAAAUACUAGUGCCACAGAAUAAUUAAUUGUUCCUUUAAAAAAAAGUAUUAAAGAGGACAGUUUCUGGGGUUGUUAGCCAUAAUCUUCUCUGAGAUCUUCACAAUGUUAUGGCACUUUAAAAAAAGUUCUGAAGGAUUGACUCACCUUGAAUGUGUUCUGUCUCUUUAAAAGAUUCCCUUUCACUUACAUGAGCCAAUACAAAGUGAAAUGUACUGUGUACAAAGUAACAGCAAUAUGGUAGGAUGAUCAGCUGUGAAUGACUUAGCUAUUC